GCACCGUGCAAGUUAAGCUCUCCGCUAAUCGAAUCAACCGAUCCGGUCGGGAUGAGGGCUCCAACGUUGCUGUUGGCACUGGUCAUUGCGGUGGUGGCCGAGGCUAGGGCGGACUUUGCCGUCCCGGCAAGGAUGGCCGGUGUGGCGCGGGGAAACCUGGACGGUACCGGGAACGUGGUGCAGAACAGUAAUCGUGUGCUGAACAUUCUGGACCAGUUCCAAUCGAUCACCGAGUGGCUGUACAGUCUGCAGACGCCCGCCCUGUACCGGAUGGCGACCGGCUUCCGGUCCGUCAUGGACAGUCUCGUCGAGACGGGGAGCCCCAUCUUCCAGGCCCUAUCGAACGCGGCCCGCCUCUCCAGCGGUAACGUUUCGUCCAUCUUCGCCGGCAUCCGGCGGAACAUUGAGGUGGCGGUGGCCCUCGAGGACCUGCACCAGUUGGCGAUCAACGGGACGGUGCCGUUUGUGGGCGUGGACAGUGUGCGAAACUUUAGCGCCGUGCUCGAGCUGCUGGUGCGUAACGUGCGCAAUCUGAGCGCCACGAUGGACGACGAAAUCGAACCCGCAAUCGUGGACAUCCAGCGGCUGCCGAUCCACCCGAGCCAGCAGCUCGUGGACGCGCUGUACCCGCGGGAAGGUGUGCGCCAGCUGAACCGCGUCCUGCUCGACUACGUCAACAUUGGGCUGGCGACGGUACCGCAAAUCAACGCCGUUGUCAAUCGUGUCCGGUUGAUGGAUGGUUUCAUCACUCGCCUGGACUCGGUCAGCACCACCCAGCAGCUCUAUCUGAACAACUCGCUGAAUGCCGUCGAUGGCACGGUCAGCAGCGCCAUCCAGGGCCGCCUUCAGGCCACCCUCAGGGCCCUCGGCGAAAGCUACAACCGAAGCGUGACGACACUCAGCGGGAAGCUUCAGGCGUUCCGUGGUGAGUCGGACUUUCACCGGGAAGCGCAAAACUCCUCGCUUCUGCUGGGCCAGCGAUUGGCCAACGUUACCCAGACGCUGGAAGGACUCGCCAGCGAGCGUGUCCGGGUGCGGCUUCCGACACGCGGAUCGCGAGUGGUAAUGAACCUCACGAUCGCUGCCGUCAACAGUUUGGCCUGGCAUCUCACACUGGCCGUCACGUCGUCCACGGCCCACGCGGACAGUUGUUUCCGGCGGUACAACUUCGAGUUCGACAAAGUUCCGCGACAAAUCUAUGGCACCCUGUCCGGGUGUGGUCAGGGCGAGCUACGGGCACUGCAGACCGUCACGGGUGCCCUCACCGGGUACCUGGGGGUGCUUCAGACGCACCUCGAUGUGGAAACGAGAAACUACGACCAGUGCCUGGGUGGGUUGGGACUGAACCCUUCGGAGGAGCUGAUGCGCCAGCGACGCGUCUGCCUCGAGGCUGCCCGUCACUUUUCCGUCCUCCUCGGUGGACCCGUGUUCCACGGCCAGCUGGCCACGUUCUCCGGGCUGCUGCAGGACGAGCAGGUGAACAGCUACGAUCGGUACAGUACGUGCGUCUCCGGAGCCUACCGGCUGAUGGCGACGGAGGUAGAGUACCUGGGGAACUCACUGGCGACCUGUAUGAAUCGAACCACUUUCUAGCAGGCCACAAAUAAACCCUUUUA